UGCCGGAGGUAGAAGUCUAAGUCAAACGCAGAAGGACAGCUUCAUUGAGCAACCAAGAGUGUCAUCUGUACCCAAGGCGCUUACAGCAGCAACAGGUUCCUGUGGUGGACUUCCAAGCGGAACUGAGACAGGCAUUCUUAGCUGAAACACCAAGAGGUGGUUAAAGCAGCAUUGGAACAUCAAGAUAGCUGAUUCCAAGCAAGAAAUCAGUGUCCAUAUAUGUUGUUGCAAAUGGGAGGACAUUUUCUCAUGAUGAACAAUAUUCCACUGUGUCUACAUAGUCCAUCUUUUGUAUCCAUUGAUCCAUUGGCUCCAUCUGCUGUUUGAAGCUUCUACCACAGCUUGCAUUGUUUGUAGGAGAACCUGCACCAUACCUUUAUCUGUAGCCUCCCCUUAGGUCUUAAGAAACCCCAAUCUUUUCUGUGGACAUUGCAUUUGGUGGAACAGCAAUCAUGACUGUGGGAAAGAGCAACAAAAUGCUACAGCACAUUGACUAUAGAAUGAGAUGUAUCCUGCAGGAUGGCCGGAUCUUCAUUGGCACCUUUAAAGCUUUUGACAAGCAUAUGAACUUGAUCCUCUGUGACUGUGAUGAGUUCAGGAAGAUCAAGCCAAAGAAUGCAAAGCAGCCAGAACGUGAAGAAAAGCGGGUUUUGGGUCUAGUGUUGCUGCGGGGUGAGAACUUGGUUUCCAUGACUGUGGAAGGACCACCUCCCAAAGAUACUGGCAUUGCUCGGGUACCACUAGCUGGAGCUGCAGGAGGCCCUGGGGUUGGUAGGGCAGCUGGAAGAGGAGUCCCAGCAGGUGUUCCAAUUCCACAAGCUCCUGCUGGAUUAGCAGGUCCUGUCCGAGGGGUUGGAGGGCCUUCUCAACAGGUAAUGACUCCACAGGGAAGAGGGACUGUAGCUGCUGCUGCAGUUGCUGCUACUGCCAGCAUUGCUGGAGCCCCAACACAAUACCCACCUGGACGGGGAACUCCACCAACUCCUGUGGGGCGAGCAACCCCACCUCCAGGAAUUAUGGCUCCUCCACCUGGUAUGGGACCACCCAUGGGCCCUCCAAUUGGGCUUCCCCCCUCUAGGGGGACACCAAUAGGCAUGCCUCCCCCAGGAAUGAGACCCCCUCCACCAGGAAUUAGAGGUCCACCUCCCCCUGGAAUGCGUCCACCAAGACCUUAGGAUUCUAUCAAUCCCUCUUAGUCACUUCUUCCCUGCAGUGUGUCUUGUGAAACUGUAGAGUGUUCGUGAGCUUUUUGUCCCCUUAUUGUUACACAAUAAAUAGCUAAUAAAUGCAUAGAGCAAUUAAA